AUGAGCAAAUUCAAACGACUGAAAAACCAACUCUCACCGACAGGAGAGUACGGAGAAACAACAAGCCUUCUUUCUGCUCAGUAUAGCAGUAGCAGCUCGGGUGGGAGCUCCCUAUCCAAUAAAUAUGAUGGAAUAGACCAGCAGGAUCAUCAUGCUUCUGCGGACGAUCGUGAUACUUCAUUUCCGAACAGUUCGCCUCCAAUGCAACAAGCUUCAAUUAAUAGCGAUCCUCACGAGCAGGUAAUUUCGGAUUUGGAAGAAUUGAAAUCAACAUCUGGUCAAAGUGGAAUGCUGACUCGGCUAUUUUCGAGAAAUGUAAAUGAUGUAAAAAAAGAAAAUUAUUUUGAAGAGAAAGAAGCAAGACAAGGAUCUCAACAAAUAGUAACGCAGGUUUCAUUGCAAGAAAAAGUUCAUGGGUUGAUUAUUGAUCUUUCUUAUGCGUUGGGAAUUUAUGGUGUGCCUUCACAUCGGUUGGAAAUGCAUUUGAAAACUUUACUUGAAUACUUUCCAUAUGAAAAGUGCCAAUUUAGAUACUCUCCAACGAGUCUUUGGUUUUGUUUCACCCCAAAUUUUACCAACACGGAAUACAAUGAACAUGAUGGAAUAAUUUCUCAUGAUAGAGAAGAAUAUUUAUCUCAAUCGAAAUUUUAUGUGGUGAAACUGGAUGAAUACGAUCUCGAAGAUAUGGAUCUGAUAAAACUAUGUGAAUUGGAUCAACUCGCAAGCGAGAUACCAGGCUUAAUUGAAAUGACAGACAACAGUCCUGAAGCUCUUGCGGCUCUUAUUGACGAUUUAAGAGACAAAAUAAGAACAAUUAUUUCUCGAUAUUCACUGUGGAAAACAUCAUUACAGCUCUACAUUGCAAAUAUCAUUUCUUCUAGUGCAUGGGUUUUAUACUAUGAUGGUUCUUGGAUGGAAGUUCUAUGUGGAUUUAUUGUAGGUCUUGCGACAGGGGUUUUCACAGUCAUUUCUGAAAAAUAUCCAUCCUUUAAUAGAGUUAAUCCAUUUGUAUCGGCAAUUGUUGCAGGAACAGUUGCAUCUCUUAUGAAAGUAAUUUUUUCAAAAUUAAUGAGCGAUGAAGAUCGAGGUAAAUAUCCAUUUUCUGUAUUUCUCGUCACGUUAUGCGCAUUGUUUGGAUUACUUCCUCAUGUGAGCUUCACGAACGGAAUAUCAGAACUGGCAACUAAAAAUUUAGUUUCGGGAAGUACAAGAGUUUUCUAUGCGUUUGUAUUAAUUUUGCAGAUGGGUUUUGGUAUUGUCGUAGCAGACAAAAUAAGUUAUUUAUUUAACAUUUCAAUGCUUCAAGAAAAGUAUUUUAAAGAUGGAGCCGAUGACAGAGAAGAGUUACCAUUAUGGCUAGGGUGCCUUUGUUUGCCCUCAAUAAUUUUAGGAAAUUAUUUAGAUUACAAAUUACCAAUAGUGUUUAGAAAUCCCAAUACAGAACAGCAUCUCUAUAAUGAAUCAGACAGAUUUCGAACUCUGUCAGGAUUUUAUCAUUUUGUGGUUAGGAAAAUUCUUAGUAUCCACUUGCCAACAUUUGCAUUUAUUGUCUUGGCAUCCUAUGCUGUAUAUAUUGUUACUACAGUCUCUGAUGAAUAUGUGGGUGAGGAAAUGUCAUGCUUAUUAGGGGCUUUCUUUGGUGGAAUUAUUGCUAAUAUUUAUGCUUACAUUUCGAAUAGACCAGAAUUGGUUGUCUCUAUCAACGUUCUUGACUUGUUAGUUCCUAGCACCUAUGGUGUCACUGGAAUUGCCAAGUUUUAUAAUCGAGGUCAAGAUGAUGAAUUGCAGUCUGGUGUGAAAUUUAUUGCAGACUUGUUGGUUAUUCACCUCUCACUGUCUAUAGGACUACUAUUGGCAGAUCUUGUUUCUCCAAAACAGAAAUCAAAGAAUGGAGCUUUCACCAUAGUCUAA